AUGUCAUCUAUAACAAUCCGCCCCGCCACAAUCGACGACAGCGACUCAAUCGCAAACAUCCACUACGAAGCACUACAAUUCUACCACGACUUCUAUGCCGCUUUCUUCCAGCUCCAUCCCCGCGAUCUAAUCCCUCUCGCCACAAGAAACGCCCUGCAGAAUCCGGGGCAGCAGCACUUCUUCGUCGCUGAGCAGGCGGGGGAGAUAGUCGGGUUUGUGCGCUACAAAGAAGUAUUCAAAGACAUAAAGCCGAACUCGAACGCGAAAACCCCCGCGUCAGAAUGGACGGUCAAAAAACACAUGGAGGAGUUAUGGGAUUGGUUUAAUAAGAGGAGUGAAGAGAUUGACGCAUCUAAAGAAAAAGCCGUUGAUGGGAAAGAUCAUUUUGAAGUGAUGCAUCUCAUGGUCCACCCAGACCAUCAACGGAAAGGCAUCGGCGGCCAACUCCUCCAAUCCGUCACCGAGAAAGCCGACGCCGCUAAUGCCCCAACGCUGAUCGUAUCCUCCGUCGAGGGCCACGGCCUCUACAGAAAGCACGGCUUCGAGUCGCUGGGGACAUGGACGGUCGACAACGGGGAAUGGGCGCAUAAGAUCGCGGAGCACGAAAGGGCGAUCGGAUAUACAGACGGAGUUAUCGACAUCGAGGACAAGUACAGAGGGAUACGCGAGGUCGAAGAUAGCAUGAUCCGGCAGCCCAACAUCCGUGUUGCAUGA